AUUCGAGCUCGUCUAUUUUAUCUGCUGCGGGGGGCUGUUGCAGUAGAGCCGAACCCACGGAUUGCGUUUGAUUCGAUAAGGUCCCGAUUCUUCAGUCCUGGAAUUUCCUUUAGCGCCAUUACAUCACAACCAGCAAGUUCUCAAAACCCGAAUCAAUCUGUCGCAUCUAUUAUUAUCUACGCAUUAGGUGUAGCGACGAUAAACUGUUGUACAUGUCUGCCUCGUCUAUACCAAAUCUCCUCUCCCUUCGAGGUUCAAGAGGAGGGCACCGUGGCCGUGGCCGAGGACGAGGGGGUCACUCACAUUCUACCGGCCUCAGCCACGAUGCUGCCAUUCAAGGUACAGAUACGGAUGCUGCUGUAUCACGUAUGAGCGCUGUUGAUCUGGGUUACCUACAAGACCCUUUCGCACAAUAUUUCGUCCAGUCUGUUGGUGGCGUUGUUAGGAGACUGCCUAUUAUAAAUCGAGGGACUUAUACACGGACUGCUGCAUUGGAUCGACUGAUAUCUUCCUUCUUGUCGAGCACCGCAACGCAAGAACGACAAAUUAUCUCACUCGGUGCGGGCACAGAUACAAGGUGUUUUAAACUCUUUUCUCACCCUAGCGAGGCUGGCCUUAUCUAUCAUGAGAUCGACUUCCCUGCAAUUGCUUCUAAGAAGCUACAGCUCGUGAAUGCUACCCCUCAGCUCAGGUCCAUCAUCUCUAACCCACAGAAUGAGAAGGACGGCUGGAGUAGUUCAAGUCUACCGGAUGGUUGUCAAUAUUGGUGCCACGGACUGGAUCUAAGAGUCCUGCUCAGCAGUGACGCAGAAGUUCUUAGUGGCAUCCGGACAGAUAUCCCAACACUGUUGGUGUCAGAAUGUUGUCUAUGCUACUUAGAAACUUCAGAGGCCCAAAGCGUAAUCAAGUAUUUCGCCGAAAAAAUACCAGAUCUUGCCAUCAUCGUCUAUGAGCCAAUUCACCCUAAUGAUUCUUUCGGCAAGCAGAUGGUAUCUAAUUUGGCAGCGCGAAGAAUACAUAUGCCAACGCUGGACUCAUAUCAAGACUCUGCUAAGCAGCAGUCCCGGUUAAAAGACGCCGGAUUCCAGCUCGCUACAAGCUUGACCAUAAGAGAAAUAUGGCGGAAUUGGGUCACGGAAGAAGAAAAAGAAAGGGUUGAUAGUCUGGAAGGGCUAGAUGAGGUUGAAGAAUGGAAUCUUCUAGCGGACCAUUACAUCGUGGCUUGGGGCUGGAGAGGUACUGGUUUUGAAAGAUGGGAAACUGACUUAUGAUGAAUAUGAAUGAGUCUUAAUAGGGAGCAAUGAUACAAUGCGGUUACAUUGAAGAUAAAUAACUUGAAUGUACUUCGUACAUGGUGUAAUUUUGAGUUUCCCCAGAGUUGAGGUUCUAGGUACAUAUUCACAUUUAGCGUCCACUAUUCAAGGUUAGUGGCUUGGCUUAUUAAACUUUGGGAGCCUAUCAGAGGAAGCCUAUCAGAUUGAGUCGGCAUUUCAAUGUUAGCUCUCAUCUCAUCAUUUAUGCAUUGAACA